UCGCGCGAGUGACGUCAUCAGAGGCGGUCCGCCGGAGCCUGCUCAGUCCCCGGCGUCACAUGGCGUCACUGCACAGUCCGGAAGUGCCCACACGUGUCCUCCCAACUCGGCUCUAGGCCCGUUGGUCCCGCUGUUACCAGCAAUGGGUCGCUCUCGCCGAACCGGCGCACACCGAGCGCACUCCCUGGCCCGCCAGAUGAAGGCGAAGCGGCGGCGGCCGGACCUCGAUGAGAUUCACCGCGAGCUGCGGCCCCAGGUUGCCACAAGGACCCGACCAGACCCCGGCGCCGAGCCCGACCCCGACCUGCCAGGGGGCGGCCUGCAUCGCUGUCUGGCCUGCGCGAGAUACUUCAUCGAUUCUGCCAACCUGAAGACCCACUUCCGAUCCAAAGACCACAAGAAAAGGUUGAAGCAGCUGAGUGUGGAGCCCUACAGUCAGGAAGAGGCAGAGAGGGCAGCGGGUAUGGGUUCCUAUGUACCUCCCCAGCGGCUGGCAGUGCCCACAGAAGUAUCCACUGAUGUCCCUGAGAUGGACACAUCUACUUGACAGAUCCUGAGAAUUCAAGGCAGAAGAGUUGCCCAUGGACAGUGAUGCAAGGGCCAGUCUGGGAGAGACUGUACCAGUCUGUUUUGGCCCGGGGUUUGGGGAGUGGAUGGCCUCUUCCCAGUGCCCUCCCUCCCAAUAAAAUAACUGGAUAAAGGGGGCUUGCCCCUGACUCUAACCCCCAGGCCACUACUCCAAACUCAUGUCCUGUAAGUUUCUCUACUACUCCUGUGCAUGGGACCCAGGCUGCUUGGGCUUUAUCCACCUUUGGUACCUGUAUCCUUACCUUCCCUCUGGGAUCCUGGCAUCUGAGCCGAAACCCCCCAUUGGAGCCUAGGUGUGUGGGCUGGGUAAGAUCAGGUUUAUAACAACCCUGCUUCUAAUGAGGGCAGGGAGUGAUCCCCAGAAAAGAAGUAGGCUCCCAAGAUUAUAGCUGUCGCUGAGUUACAUACCCCCCCAGGGCCCAGGUGGAGGCUGCCCGCUUCAUCAUGGGGCCUGUGGCGGCCGUCGCUGCCCCACCAUCUUCCAGACUGCAUAGCAAGAGCCGCCCAGCCCGAGGACAGCCAGCAGUGCAGCCACAAUCCCAGCCAGUGGACUCCGGGGCUCUGCCUUCAGCUCCCCGGCUAUCUGCAUCUGGAAAUGCACAGAGGGUCCGCCUGAGGGGUCAUUUGAGACCUCUGGGAAGGUGGGGGGUGGAAAGGGGCUGAGUUAGGGGAAGGAGAUAUGGAUGCCACUGCUGCCCCAGGGAGAUUCCACCCCAAUCCCUCUCGCUUCAUUGCCCAUCUAGGCCCCGGCUGCUCAGGCGGCAGGGAACGUGACAGCCUGGCUGCCGGGUGUCAACCCAGCCAUGGUAGGGGGAGUAAGGGGUCGAUGGCAGAAGCCAUUGGUUAAGGGUACGUACCUGUAGCACUCGAAAGUAGCCAGGGGUCAGGCGUGGAAAUCGCAUGGUGGGUGCUGCUAGUGUCGCUGGUGUCCUGUGGGGCGGAAGCGGGAAUGAAGACCAGUGGCGUUUGUGGUACCAAGAAGCGGAAAUCAGGGCGCAGGGUUUCCUGACCUCUCAUACGCAAGAGAGCCAUGCCCUCAGAGGAUGCUCACCAGUGCCUGCCUUCCCAGGUCUGGCAGGGGGCGGAGCAGCUAGACCUUUAAAUCUGUCCCUUCCCCCGCCUGCCCGCCCUGCCAGCCUUAGGAACAGCUGUCAGGAGAGAUCAGCAUCAGGCCUGAGCAGCACCUCCCCCAGCCACACGGGCAGUCCAGGCUGGGCAGGCAGGAGAGGUCUUGCCUGGGAGUAUAGGGAAGUUUCAGACUGGGACCAGGUACGGGAGGGCCUCCCCAGCCCUGGCCUUGGCCCAGUCCCUGCUUUAGUCGAUUGGAUGUCACCAAUCAGCUCUCAGCAGAGGCGGGAUUGGGUGCCGUAUUAGUACCCCCUUCCAACUGGAGUAGGCCUUUUUCACUUGGUUUCUCUUAAUCAACCACACCUAUGCUGGGGGAGGGCACAUUGCACCCCUUUCCCUUGGAGGAGUCCCUGUAGGGACUUCCCAAUCUUAGCUUGGGCACAAUAAUAAAAGAUCUGCAUCUACUGAUAAA